AAAGCUCACCCUCCUAAAUUGAAAAAUCUAUGGACGAGAGAUUAUCACUGAGAUUAAAUGGUGGCAGACAUGUCCAGGGAACAUUGCGGGGGUUCAGUCCCUUCAUGAAUCUUGGGAAAGAUGGACGUGUGGAGAUGGCAACUAGUGGGGGGCAGAACGACAUUGGAAUGGUGGUAAUUCCAGGAAAUUGUGUCAUCCUGUUAGAAGCCUUGGAAUGAGCACUGUCAACCACGGGUGUGUUAUGGAAGAAACCAGUGGCUUCCACGUGUCCCCUCUCCGUAGCUCCUACUAUAUAAACAUUU